GGCCGUACCUCCGUGUGGUUGCAUCUACCACAUGAGCGAGGAAGAGUUAAGUGUGCUACGGGCCCAACUCGACGAUCUUCUCGACAAAGGCUGGAUUCGGCCUAGCUCUUCGCCAUACGGAGCUCCCAUUCUCUUUGUCCGGAAGAAGAACAAGGAUUUGCGGUUGUGCAUCGAUUAUUGCAAGCUCAACUCGCAAACCGUCAAGAAUGCUGGCCCUCUUCCGCGCAUCGACGGCCUCCUCGAACGGCUGGGCGGCGCCAAGUUCUUCUCCAAGCUUGACCUCAAAUCGGGAUAUCACCUACUCGAGAUCCGGCAGGAGGACCGCUACAAGACCGCGUUUAAGACGCGAUAUGGGCAUUUCGAAUGGCUGGUUAUGCCUUUUGGCCUUACGAAUGCCCCGGCCACAUUCCAAGCGGCUAUGACAACGGAGUUCCGACACAUGCUGGAUAGAUUCGUACUCAUCUACCUCGACGACAUCUUUGUGUACAGUCGGAGUCUGGACGAGCAUGUGGAGCACCUGCGCACUGUUUUGGAACGGUUACAACAAGCCAAGUGCAAAGCCAACCGCGACAAAUACGAAUUCGCGCGGCAAGAGUUGGAGUACUUGGGACAUUAUGUGACGCCCCAAGGCAUCCGUUCACUUGCGAACAAGAUCGAGGCCAUCCGCGUAUGGCCUGAGCCCACCAACACCACGGACGUUCGCUCAUUCAUGGAGUUGGCGAGCUACUAUCAACGCUCCAUCACCGGGUACUCAAGGAUUGCCGAACAUAUGACGAGAUUACAAUUGCCAAAGGUGCCAUUCGUACUCGAUGACGAUGCACGCCGGUCAUUCCAAGCACUCAAGACGGCCAUGCUGAUAGCACUCGUCCUUAGCAUCUACGACCCCGCACUGCCAACGAGAGUGACAACUGACGCUUCCGGCUGGCAUUGGGGCAGUCUUGGAACAACACGACUGCGACGACUGACACCCCGUGGAGUAUUUCAGCCACAAAGUGCCUCCCAUCAAUUCACUUGAUGAUGCAAGGAAGAAGGAGCUGCUCGCGUUUGUGAUGGCUCUCAAGCGAUGACGGCACUUCCUCCUUGGGCGUCGUAGGUUCACAUGGGUCACG